AUGGAACGCCUUGUCCAGAAUUCGACGCUUCUCAUCGCGGCUGGAUUAGAGACCACAGCGACGCUGCUCACGGCAACUUCGUUCCUUUUGCUAUCGAAUCCUGAAGCAUAUCAGAAAGUCGUAGAAGAGGUCAGAUCUUCAUUUUCUGAUCCGUCAGACAUCACUCUUCUAUCCGUCAACAAACUCUCUUACAUGUUGGCCUGCUUGGACGAGGCGCUGCGCGUGUUCCCGGUAGUUCCCUCUUGGUUACCCCGACGAGUCACGCAUGGUAGCGCUAUCAUUGAUGGAAAUAUCGUGCCUGAAGGUUGUCUCGUUGCUACUUGGCAAUGGGCGAUGUAUCAUAACGAACUGAACUUUACUAAACCCUUAGAAUAUCAUCCCGAGCGUUUCCUCGGAGAUCCGCGCUUCGCGAAGGAUAGGCUAGAUGCAUUCCAACCGUUCAGCAUGGGCCACGCAGACUCAUACAAGCUGGCGGAACCAAACUUGUCCUUCAGAGCACCUCGUCUGCUCAGAUUCCGUGCAAAUACAUGGCUUCAAUUCGAGGUCCUAGGCUUGAAACGACCCUUCGUACAGCUUUGA